AUGCCCGCGCCACAGGCAGAUACUCCAGAAGCCGACGAAUCCACGACUGUCCGGCUGCACAUCACCCCGCUCAAGCCCGAGCUGCUCAGGGUCUACCUCGCGCCGUCCGUCUUACCGCUCGUGCGCAACGUCUCCUACCACGCCGUCGAGACCUUCCCCGAGCGCGGCUUCGGCUACGUCGAGCUGCCCGAGCAGGAGGCGCUGAAGCUGCGGAAGAAGCUGAACGGCACCACGCUCAAGGGCUCCAAAGUGCGCAUCGAGAUGGCCAAGCCAGAGAAGCGCAAGGCGCGCGAGGAGGCCGACGCCAAGGACAAGCCUGCGAAGCGCUCGAAGAAGGACAAGAAGGAGAGAAAGGAGAAAUCCGAGAAGAGGCAGCGGUCGCCUGGUGUCUUCGACGGCGUGGAGCUGCCAGAGGACCGCAAAGUCAAGCGCGGCUGGACCGAACCAGCUUCGGCCAAGACCAAGACCAAAGACCAAAAGGACAGGAAGAGCAAAGACGACAAGCACCACCCGAAACCGUCCAAGUACACCAAAGAGCCUGAGCUGCUGUUCAAGGCCAAGCUUGAGCCCGUCGCCGCGACAGAGCACUCGCGCAAAGAGAAGAAGAAGGACAAGAAGGACAAGAAAGAGUCCAAGACCAAGACCAAGGAAGUCAUUGUCCAUGAAUUCGAAAAGAACACCAAGACACCGUCCUUCCUCAAAGCUGCCAAGGUCUCGAUGAAGCCUCCAGUCGACUACGUCGACGGUGUAGGCUGGGUGGACGAGGAUGGCGCCGUCGUGGAGCCCGAGACGAAGAAGGCUGCACACAGCAGAGUGCUGCAGCUCGUCGACGGGCAGCCGCUGAAAGAGCCACCGCCAACAGACUCGCAGGGACGGCCGAUUGUCAAGAGAGACGCGCCCAAGCCCGCUCAGAAGCAGAAGAGAAAGAAAGCUACCCCGCCACCAGAGCCAUCGUCCGAGUCCGAGCUGGACGAUGAUUCAAGCGUCGUCUCCAGCUCAUCCGAGGACUCAGCCUCCGACUCCAGCUCCGACAACGACGACGACGAAAGCGAGCGCCCAGCAGCUUCGCCCACCCCAUCUCCUAUGCAGACAAAAUCCAUACCUGUAUCCUCACAGCCAACACCCGCACCACCAAACCCUUCCACAGUAACAGAAUCAAAAGAAGUCCACCCUCUUGAAGCCCUUUUCAAACGCGCCCCUCCUCCCACCCUGUCAACCCCCACAAAACCACCCCCAAUCAACACAUCGUUCUCCUUCUUCGAAAACGAGACGACUUCGCCUCCCGUGGGCGAACCUGUCGGCGAGCCAAUCGACAUGCCCACGACGCCCUUCACCCAGCACGAUCUCGAAUGGCGCGGCCUGAGGAGCGCAGCGCCGACGCCGGACACGGCUGCUAUUGGAAAAAGAUUCAGUUUCGACUGGCGAAAGGGCAGCCAGGAAGCAAACGACGACGACGACGACGACGAACUGUCCGACGGCGGCAUGGAAGCUUCGAACCAGCUCAGUCUGAACACACGAGCGAACCAGGGCGGGCAGCUUGCUGGCGUCCAGGAAGUCGACGAGCACGACGCCGAGGGCGAUGGAGCAAAGGGCGGCAAAGAGGACAGCGAGUUCAGGAAAUGGUUCUGGGAGAACCGCGGCGACAUCAAUCGCGCGUGGAAGAAGCGGAGGCGCGAGGCGCUCAAGGCGAAGAGGCACGCUGAUAACCGCAAGAUGCCCGGGGGCCGUCGCGCAGCGUAG